AUGGAGGGCGCCAAGGCGGGAGGCGACGACACGGCAGCAGCAGCCGGCACGCCGCCGCCGCCGCCUGCGGCCGCCGAGGGCGGCGAGGAGGAGGAGGAAGUGGUGGAGGAGGACGAUGAGGAGGCCGAGGCCGCCAUGGCGGAGGCCUUUGAGCGGCUUAUAGCGGCGGCGUUUGAGAUGGUGCAGCAGGGAAAGCCCAUGGAGGCUGAGUAUGUGCUGGAAGAAGGCGCCAAGCAGGCAGGGGAGAUCCUGGGCAAGGGCGCGCUGGAGGUGGCGGCGCUGUACGAUCAGCUCUGCAUCAUCCGCUUCCUGCAUGAGCGCAUGGAGGAAGCGGCGGAGGCAGCCAAGCGCGCGCUAGAGAUCUUGAAGGAGCACGACGAGGGCUUUGGCCCCGCCACCGCCAUCGCCUCCACACGCUACGCCUCCACCCUGCUGGCCAGCGGAAACCCGCAGGAGGCUCAGCUGUACGCCGGGCGCAGCAUUGAUGGGCUGGAGAGGGCACUUAAGAUGCUGGCGGAGUUCAAGGGGGAGGACGAGGAGGAGGAAGAGGAGCUGGCAGAGACGAAGGCCAAGUUUGAGAUGGGGCUGGGGGAGUCCAAAUUCUAUCACGCCCUGGCCAAGCAGGCCCAGAACCUGUCGCCGCCAGCUGUGGGCCAGUUUCUGGAUGAGAUGAAGGCUGGGCUGGAGAUGAUGGAGGCGCACCUGGGGCCCGAUAGCCCGCUGGUGGCAGCAGCGCUCAGGGAGCACAGCCGCCUCAUCAUGUCUGCGCUGGAGGGGGACCAGCAGGAGUUGGCAGAGGUGCUGUAUGCCCAGGAUGCGCGGCUGCACAUGGCGGCGGGCGCCAACUACGAGCACGUGGCGCUGACGCUUUACCAGCUGGGUGCCGCUGUGUCCCACACGGUGCUUGUCGCGCUGCCGAUGUACUGCCUGCAGUACGUCAUGGGCAAGUACGAGGAAUCUGCAGAGUCGCUGCGCAUGUCCCUGGAGACGGUCAAGGCUCACUACCCCGAAGCAGAGGAGCACAUGCUCACCGUGCAGCAGCGGCUGGGCAUGGUGACGGCGCUGCUGGGGCGGUACGAGGCGGCCAAGCAGCUGCUGCAUGAGGUGGCGCCAGCGCUGGUGUCCGCCCUAGGCGAGGGCAACCCGGCCAGCGAGGAGCUGCAGUUCAUGCUAUCCCUCAUAGCCCUGCGGGAGAUGGAGGCAGACGGCGUGAGCGACCCCGUGCGCCGCCUGGAGUGUCUGGCUGGCAUGGAGAAGCACCUCAAGGCGCUGACGGGGUAUGGAGAGCAGCACAUGCUAGUGAAGAAGGCGGCGGCACUACACGAGGAGGCGGCGGCGACGGUGCACAAGAAGUGA